ACAUCAUGGGUAACGUAAGUAACGUGUGUGCUUACAAUGUGUGCGUGUGGAAAACAAAAUGCCGAACAGAGCUGUCAAAAUCGCAUCCUCGGAGAAGAAAAACUUGUCGUCGCUGCUUGGUUUUUCGCAAAUUUUAUUUAAUCGAUCUAGUGAGUGAUUUAACUGCCAGCAGGAGCAGGAAGCGCCGAAAAAAAAUGUCGCAACGCUUUCCUCCAGCGGGGCCCAGUGGUGCUCCACCCGGAGCUCCCGGCCCACAGCGCUAUCCACCUUCUCCGGCCGGACAGCCAAAUCAACCACCGCCCGGGAUGCGUCCGUACGGACCAGGGAACAACUUUCCGCCCCGUGGAUAUACUCCGCCUCCCCAGAUGCCUGGAGGGCCUCCGCCCCCAAGCCAGCCAGCAAUGCAUCAGCGUCCGAUGCAGCCGGGAUUCCAAUCGGGGAGUAUGCGUGGGUCACCGAUGCCGAGUGGGUCUUCCGGGGGGAGUAAACGUCCGGCGGAUAAUCGCAGCACGAUGAGCCAACCGCCGGCUAAGAGUGACUUCCCAGUGAAAAAGAAGAAGAAGUUAGCAGACAAAAUUUUGCCUCAAAAGGUACGCGACCUGGUACCGGAAUCGCAAGCCUAUAUGGAUCUGUUGGCGUUCGAACGUAAGUUGGACGCUACCAUUAUGCGCAAAAGGCUGGAUAUUCAGGAAGCCUUGAAGCGUCCUAUGAAGCAGAAGCGUAAGCUUCGAAUCUUCAUUUCGAACACGUUCUACCCGAGUAAGGAAACCGAGGGUGGUGAUCAGGGCGCGGAAAGUUCGGUUGCGUCGUGGGAACUUCGUGUGGAAGGUCGUCUGCUGGAGGACAACAAAUCCGACCCGAACAAGAUCAAGCGUAAGUUUUCCAGCUUCUUCAAAUCGUUGGUCAUUGAGCUGGAUAAGGAACUGUAUGGACCGGACAAUCAUCUGGUCGAGUGGCACCGCACACAUUCCACUCAGGAGACGGACGGAUUCCAGGUCAAGCGUCCUGGAGAUCGCAAUGUCCGAUGCACGAUUCUGUUACUGCUGGAUUAUCAGCCGUUGCAGUUCAAAUUGGAUCCGCGACUGGCACGACUGCUGGGAGUUCACACCCAAACUCGCCCGGUUAUCAUUUCCGCCUUGUGGCAGUACAUCAAGACGCACAAACUACAGGACGCCCAUGAGCGCGAAUAUAUCACGUGCGAUAAAUAUCUAGAACAGAUUUUCGGUUGUCAGCGCAUGAAAUUUGCGGAGAUUCCGCAACGCUUGAACCCGCUGUUGCACCCUCCGGAUCCGAUUGUUAUCAAUCACGUCAUCACCGUGGAAGGUGGUCUGGAGAACAAGCAAACCGCUUGUUACGACAUUGAUGUCGAGGUGGACGACACCCUCAAAAAUCAGAUGAACAAUUUCCUGCUGAGCACUGCCUCCCAGCAGGAGAUUCAAACGUUGGACAGCAAGAUCCAUGACACGGUGGAAACUAUAAAUCAACUCAAGACGAACCGGGAAUUCUUCCUGAGCUUCGCCAAGGAUCCGCAGACGUUCAUCCACAAGUGGAUCGUUUCCCAGACGCGCGAUCUCAAGACGAUGACCGAUAUCGUCGGCAAUCCGGAGGAGGAACGCCGGGCAGAGUUUUACUAUCAACCGUGGACGCAGGAAGCGGUUUCCCGCUACUUUUUCACCAAGGUCAACCAGAAGCGUGCCGAACUGGAGCAGGCGCUGGGGAUUCGGAACUCUUAGGUGUGGAGGAGCGACUGGUGGCCCAUACAAAUCUAUCGUUUGCUUAUCAUUUUAUCGACGUGCAUAUUUUUAAGUAGAUGUAGGCGGGAGCCGAGCGAUAAAGGAGACCUUAAUCAGGUGAGUUUAGCCUUUUCGAACAAUUCGCGAGGUUUCUACUUUUUGUUUUUGACAUCGUAGUAUGAUACUCUUUUCAUGUGGUCUGGAUUCAUAAUAUUGAUUUAACGAUAAUAUAUAAUAAUAUUGUGCUCUAGAAUACUACACACAGUAAAGCAAUUAUGAUUAAUAAAGUAUGCUCUAGACAAAA